AUGGUGAUGAUAACUAUUCACCGACGACUGUUGACAGUGGUGGUGCUUAUAUUGAUCCUAUUAAAUAAUUUUGUAAUUUCACAGCGAAUUGUUAGUGGGAGUUUAAGUGAACAACAGCGACAACAGCAACAACAGCAACAAAAAGAUCAGCAACAAAAAGAGCAGCAACAAUUACCACAAUUGGUGCAAGCAGCUACAACAACAGCAGCUUCGGCAGCAGACACGAUAAUAACAAAAAAUGGUACACAAUCGCUAAAAAGACAACAACAACAGCUGCAGCAACAAAAUGGCCAAACAGAAAAGUAUCUCAUAAAUAGAAAUUCCACAAUAUCAACAGCGGAAAAUGCAACAACUAAUAAAAUAGUCGCCUCGGCAACAUCGAGCUCACAGGCGACAUCUUCAUCGUCAUCGUCGUCAUUGUCAUCAUCAUCUUCUUCAUUAACAUCAUCACAGACAGUGAAAAAAAUUAACAGCGGUUCGCAUAAAACUGGCGAAAGUAGCUAUGAGCGAAAUUCAGAUGAAAUUUUAAGUGAAGCUGAAGCGUCGAGUAGCCUACGCCAGCCAGCUCGAUCAGUUGCUUGCUGUCGCGAGUUGGUAGUACCGAGCGCCCCCAGAUUGUUGGCAUCCGAAGAUGCGGAUGAACAAGAAAAUGCCGCACUGGCGGCGCAGAUGUUCAAGUCAAUGAUUUCAAUAUCAUCGGCAUAG